UGUGGCUUCAAUUCUGUUCUUUUAUACGGGAAUUCGUUUAGUGUUUGUAUAUAGGUCAUUGUAGGUGUAGACCAUUGAACAUGUUUCGUAUAUGUGUAUAUUCUCUGCGAAUUAGCAGGGUUUUACAAGCCCAAUUGGCAAGGACACGUUCGACUGCAGCUGUUUGUGCAGAACUUGAAAAUGGUUUCGUUGAAAAGGAGGUGUUAAAAUUUGACCCGCAGCUACCGGUGGAGAGGGCACCCACACCACCAUCUUCAUGGUACACUAAUCCAUCUAUAUUGGAAUUAGAAAAGCGUUCAAUCUUUGCCAAUAACUGGGUUGCAGUUGGAAGAUUAAAUCAAGUUGAAACACCAGGACAGUAUUUUCAAGGGACAUUUGCUGAUGAAUCUUUUAUCGUAUGCCGUGAUGAGAAAAAUCAACUACAGGCAUUUUUCAAUGUUUGUCGGCAUCAUGCUAUGCCGGUAGUCAAAGGUGAAGGUUCUAUUACUCAUUUUGAAUGUCCAUACCAUGGAUGGAAGUAUGCAUUGGAUGGUCGACUGACAUUGGCUAGAAAGAUGAGAGGAAUACAAGAUUUUAAAGCUAGAGAUUACGGUCUAAUACCCAUGCCUGUCACGUCAUGGGGUCCACUGGUCAUGGUAAAGUUGAUCCCUGGACGAGACGGUGGUGAAGAUGAUUUCAAACAACUUGCUUCAUAUGAAGCAAUACUGCAACAGUUUGGAUAUGAUAUCAACAAGAAUGAAAUCAAGUUUUUCCGCAGGAAAUCAUUCCCCAUUAAAAGUAACUGGAAAGCCAUAAUUGAUAACUUCAUUGAUGGUGGAUAUCAUAUUGAUUAUGCGCACAAGAUAUUUACCGGGAGUUAUUAUGAUUUUGAUACCUAUCGAAUGCUGGAGGUCAACAAGGAUUACUCCACACAAAUAGUUGAUACGCUGAAAAGUGAUGAUCCAAAAAUUGAGGCAAGAAUUGGUAAAUCCUCCACUUAUACUUUCAUCUAUCCAAACUUUAUGGUGAGUAGAUACGGACCGUGGUUUGAAACAAACAUGGUGGUGCCUCAUGGUCAUAAUCAUGCAGAAUUUGUUUAUGAUUUCUACCUUGAUAAAAGUUUUGUGGAGAAACAAACUGAGGAAGAAGUACAGAGAUAUGUUGAUGAGAGUCUUGUUGCUGCUAAUCAAGUACAAGGAGAAGACACUGAAAUAUGUGAAGGGGUUCAAAGAGGAAUGAGCUCAAUUGCAUUUGAAAGCGGUAGAUAUGCUCCACGCAUUGAAUAUCCACAACAUGAAUUCCAUGUUAGGCUGGGUAAAGAAUUUAGGGCUUAUUUGAAAAAUAAGAGCUAG